AUGUCCGAUAAUCCGCUUUACAGUUGGGUGGGGCGCCGAAUCAGGCUUGAGGUACCCGAGGUCGGAACCUCCGAUAGCAGAGAAUGGAGUCGAGAGAUCCCAAGAUCUCGUAAAUUCUCGAGAUCCGUGACGUUGGAGCCCCCAAGGAUUUUGCUGAUGUGUAAGGUUUUUAUUGGAGACAAACGAAAAAGAGCCGAAACAUUAUUCGCUGCAGUGUUCAUGUUGUGUGGACGAUGCAAAGGAACUACAACAAAUGCGCAAUUGAACAGGAAUGUGCCUUCAGAAUUUGUUCGAAUCGCUGAUUGA